GGGAAUGAACCGAAACAGAAGUCAUCUCUCUCAGGCUUUGUUGUUGUUGCUAGCUACGCACUCGAAUGCGGUGCAGUUUUUGAGGUGUGGGGUUUUGCAGAAGAUACAGUGACGGUUCACACAUGGAGGAGUUGCUGCUUUACGAGACGCGUCAUCACGCCUCCAAUCACCCUCCUCAACACCACCAAAACCAACAACAACAGCAACAACAGGAAAACGAGAGUGCCAAGGGUUCCUUGCUGUCCCUGCUUUCUUCUCGAGGCGUGAGCCAACUGAAGGAAAAAUGGAGCGAAUAUAAUCAACCGAAGAGACUUAGAAGAUUGGUUUCGCUUUUUGUUUCCGCCACAGCCAAACACGUCGCAGUUGCCGCGGGAAAUCGGAUUACGUUUCUCAGUAAAGAGGAUGACUAUCAAAACCCAUGCGCCAUUUUCACCAGUUCUAGCUUUGGAACGUUUAGUGUAGGAGCUUGGUCUGAAAAUGAGGACGUUCUUGGAGUUGCUGAUGAUUCUGAUACACUCUAUUUUAUCAAAUUCAGUGGCGAAGUUGUGGCCGAAAUCUCGAAGAAACAUUUGAAAGUCUAUACUCCAAUCGUUGCCCUAUUUUCUGAUAUCGAUUUGGAUACACACGAGUCUUACUUGUUCUCUAUUGUUACAUCAGAUGGCUCACUUCAACGAAUUGAGAUCAGUCAUGGACAGAGUGGCUCUACUUUUCCCAAUCACACGAGUCGUAUUAGCAACAAUAUUUUCUGCUUUGACCGCCAUAGUGAACUUAACCUUUUUGUGGCUGUUCACAAGAAUUCCGGAUCUUGCCAUCUUUCUCUGUUGUGCAAAAAUUCUAGUACAGAACUGGAGCAGUUGUUCUCUUUGCAGUUUGAGGGAUUAUAUUUAAAGCCAAAAGGUUACAGUGGUCAUCUGACAUAUCCAAAGGUGCUAAUCUCACCAGAAGCUACAUUCGUUGCUACUCUGGAUUUGACAGGGUGCUUGCAUAUUUUUAAGCUAGACAAAGAAGGCUUUACACUCUCCCGGUUUGUCUUGGGAGAGAGAAAUGAUUCUCCAAUGUCUGAUAAUUUAUCAAAGGGAGGGAACAAAUCUUUUGUGGGUUUUAUGGAUUUUACUUGGUGGUGUGACCAUAUCCUUGCCAUUAUAGAUAGGGGUGGCGUGGUUAUGUUGAUUGACAUCCUUAAUGGUUCUAAAGUUCCGGAAGAUGGUCCUGCAUAUUUUUUACCUGUUCUGGAAAGAGCACCGAAAUACAAGGGCUAUAUUUUUCUUUUAGCGAGUCAAUCAUCCAUAGAAAGAUAUAAUCCGUCUGAUAUUGGAUCGACAGAAGAGUUGCAUCAGACAGAGUGGAUAAUUGAAGAUAGACUUAAUCAAUUUCACCUUUCUAGAUUGCUCUGGAAUCUUGUUUCAUUUACUGAGAAGUCUGUCCCUGAAAUGUAUGGUAUACUGAUUAGCAAGAAAAAAUAUCAGGCUGCUCUGGAUUUUGCUGAUAGUCAUGGAUUGGAUAAAGACAAAGUUCUGAAGUCACAGUGGUUGAAUUCUAGCCAUGGAGUAAAUGAAAUAAAUAUUUUUUUAUCAAAUAUUAAGGAUAGAGAUUUUGUACUUUCUGAAUGUGUUGAUAGAAUUGGACCCACGGAAGAUGCUGUGAAGGCUUUACUGGCUUAUGGUCUACACAUUACUGACCAUCAUAGAUUCUCAGAAGUAGAUGAUGAUAUUUCUAGUCAUGUAUGGGAUUGCCGAUUAGCCAGACUUCAAAUCUUGCAAUUUAGAGACAGGCUGGAAACAUAUCUUGGAAUAAACAUGGGCAGGUUUUCUGUGCAGGAAUAUAGCAAAUUCCGCAUUAUGCCUAUUAAUGAAGCUGCUGUAGCACUUGCUGAAAGUGGAAAAAUUGGUGCGCUAAAUUUGCUCUUCAAGCGUCAUCCGUAUUCUUUGUCUCCAUAUAUGUUGGAAAUUUUAACUGCCAUCCCAGAAACAGUUCCCGUACAAAUGUAUGGGCAGCUUCUUCCUGGGAGGUCUCCUCCGUCUGGUGUUGCUGUGAGGCAAGAUGAUUGGGUUGAAUGUGAGAAGAUGGUUUACUUCAUCAAUGCAUCAGUUGAAAAACAUGACAUGCUAAUCCAAGUCAAAACUGAACCUCUUGUUAAGCAUUUCCUUGGAUUUCCUUGGCCAUCAAUUGAUGAGCUCUCAAAUUGGUAUACAAAUAGAGCUAAAGCUAUGGAUGAUUUUAGUGGGCAGCUGGAUAAUUGCCUCAGUCUACUGGAGUUUGCUCUUCGCAAAGGCAUAUCUGAGUUACAGCCGUUCCAUCGGGAUGUCUUAUACUUACAUCAAAUUAUUUAUUCCAAUGACGAUGAUAGUGAAAUGAGCUUCAACAUGAGUCUUGCCAUGUGGGGAGAAUUUUCAAACUAUGAAAAAUUUAAAUUUAUGCUAAAGGGAGUCAAAGAGGAAAAUGUAACUGAAAGAUUACACAAUAGAGCCAUUCCUUUUAUGCGUGAAAAGUUUCACAAGGUAUCCUUAAUUGGAGAUGUCAAUCUUACAAAUCAAAAUAUAGAGGAAUCAUUUUUAGUCAGAUGGUUGAAGGAAACUUCUUUGGAGAAUAAAUUGGACAUAUGCUUGGUGGUAAUUGAAGAAGGGUGCAGAAACCUCCAAAGUAAUGACUAUUUCAAAACUGAGGUUGAAGCUGUUGAUUGUGCUUUGCAAUGCAUAUACUUGUCAACAGUUACCGAUAGGUGGAGUAUUAUGGCUUCCAUACUAUCUAAACUUCCUCAACUACAUGAUGGUGCAAUUCAAGUUGAGGAUCUUGAGAGAAGACUUAGAAUUGCUGAAGGUCACAUUGAGGCAGGGAGGCUUUUGGCAUUUUACCAGGUCCCAAAGCCAUUAAACUUUUUCCUAGGGGCUCAAUUGGAUGAAAAGGCUGUUAAACAGAUUAUACGUCUUAUUCUUUCCAAAUUUAUUCGCCGUCAGCCUAGUCGGUCAGAUAGUGAAUGGGCCAGCAUGUGGCGAGAUAUGCAGUACUUGAGGGAAAAGGCAUUUCCUUUUCUGGACCCAGAGUAUAUUUUGACUGAAUUUUGCAGAGGACUGCUUAAAGCUGGGAAGUUUUCUCUUGCACGAAACUACUUGAAGGGUACAAGUUCAGUUGCUUUGGCGUCUGAGAAGGCUGAAAACCUUGUCAUUCAAGCAGCUAGGGAGUACUUUUUCUCAGCUUCAAGCCUUUCUUGCUCUGAAAUCUGGAAGGCUAGAGAAUGUCUUAAUCUAUAUCCGAGUAGUGGAAAUGUGAAGGCAGAGGCAGAUAUUAUUGAUGCACUUACAGUUAAACUUCCAAACCUUGGGGUGAAUAUUCUGCCCUUGCAAUUCAGGCAAAUAAAGGAUCCUAUGGAAAUUAUAAAAAUAGCAAUCACAAAUCAAACUGGAGCAUAUUUUCAUGUUGAUGAACUUAUUGAGGUUGCCAGACUUCUUGGCUUGAGAUCUGCUGAUGACAUAUCAGCUGUUGAGGAAGCUAUUGCUAGAGAAGCAGCAGUUUCUGGUGAUUUACAAUUGGCAUUUGAUCUUUGUCUUGGUUUGGCCCGAAAAGGACAUGGUAACAUAUGGGAUUUAUGUGCUGCUAUUGCAAGAGGUCCCGCCCUUGAUAACAUGGAUGUGGACUCUCGAAAGCAGCUAUUAGGGUUUGCUUUAAGCCACUGUGAUGAGGAAUCUAUUGGUGAGCUUCUCCAUGCAUGGAAAGAUCUAGAUAUGCAAGGCCAGUGUGAAACAUUGAUGAUAUCAACAGGGACAAAUCCUUCCAAAUUUUCAGUUCAAGGCUCAUCUGUAAACUCUCUUCCAAAGCAAAGUUUUCAAAAUAUAUUAGAUGAAAGUGGUUGCUUUCAGGAGUUUGAUAGUAUUAGUGCUGACAAUGAAGAUGUUCAUCUUGAGAAAACUAGAGAUAUGCUUUCGAUCGUUGCAAAAACCUUGGCUAUUGGGGAUCGAACUGAUUGGGCAUCGAUCUUGACUGAAAAUGGGAAAGUUCUGUCUUUUGCUGCUUUACAGCUCCCUUGGUUGCUUGAAUUAAGUAGGAAAGGAGAACAUCAUAAGAAAUUUAGUACCGGAAAGCUGUAUCUAAACAUCAGAACACAGGCUGUGGUAACCAUUUUGUCCUGGUUGGCCAGAAAUGGAUUUGCUCCCAGAGACAAUCUGAUUGCCUCUCUAGCAAAAUCAAUUAUGGAACCACCAGUCACUGAAGAGGAAGAUAUAAUGGGCUGUUCCUAUCUUCUGAAUCUUGUGGAUGCCUUUAAUGGGGUAGAAAUUAUAGAAGAACAGCUCAAAAUGAGAAAAGACUAUCAAGAAAUUUGUAGCAUCAUGAGUGUUGGGAUGGCAUACAGCUUGCUACACAAUUCUAGAAUAGGGACUGAUCCUUCUCAACGGAAGGAGCUAUUGAAGAGGAGGUUUAAGGAAAAACAUGCAUCACCCUGUUCUGAUGAUAUAGAUAAACUUGGCAAGGUACAGUCCUCAUUUUGGAGAGAGUGGAAACUGAAGUUAGAGGAGCAAAAGCGUCUCACUGAGCAUUCUAGAGCACUAGAGAAAAUAAUUCCUGGGGUUGAAACAGAGCGCUUUUUGUCCAGGGAUUCCAUCUAUAUUGAGAAUGUUGUUAUCUCUCUCAUUGAGUCAGUAAAGUUAGAAAAAAAGCACAUUUUGAAGGACAUUUUAAAAUUGGCUGACACUUAUGACUUGAACUGUACAGAGGUGUUAUUGCGUUACCUAAGCGCUGUCCUUGUUUCUGAUGUUUGGACCAAUGAUGAUAUUACAGCUGAAGUUGCAGGCUAUAAAGGAGAAAUAAUUGGUAAUAGUGUGAAAACCAUUGAAACCAUCUCAACAAUUGUAUACCCUGCAAUUGAUGGGUGCAACAAAAUUCGCCUUGCUUAUGUGUAUGGGUUGUUAUCGGAGUGCUACUUGCAGCUGGAAACUACCAAAGAUUUGUCAUCAAUAGUGCAGGCUGAUCAUGUGAAUGCCAAUCUAAGCUUAGCUCAAUAUUACAAGGUCAUUGAGCAAGAAUGCAAAAACGUGUCCUUUAUCAAUAACCUGAACUUCAAAAAUAUUGCUGGGUUACAUGGUUUGAACUUUGAGUGCAUUAGUGAUGAAGUUUAUGCAUGUAUUGAGGAAAGUAGCUUGUCAGCUUUGUCAAAAAUGGUACAGACUCUUGUCAAUAUGUAUGGUGAUUCAUUGCCUAUUGAUUUCUUGUCAUGGCAGGAUAUCUACAAGUAUUACAUCCUAAGUUUGCUUAGAGCUUUGGAGACUAAAGUUACUACUGAUUCUGGCAUUAGAACUCCUGAAUACCUUCAAGGCUUUAUAAAUAAGCUUGAACAGAGUUAUGAUUUGUGCAGAGUGUAUAUUAGGCUUUUGAGCCAGUCUGAUGCUUUGGAGAUCAUGAAGCAGUACUUUGCAGUAACCAUGCCUCUCUAUAGUUCAUAUGGACUCCUACCUGACAAUUCAACGUGGCAAGAGUGCCUUAUUGUUCUUCUGAACUUUUGGAUGAGAUUGGCAGAUGAUAUGAAGGAAAUUGCAUUGGAGGAAAAUUCAGCAGAAACAAGUAGCUUCAAUCCACAAUGUUUAAUGAGUUGUCUGAAGGUUUUUAUGAAAUUGGUGAUGGAAGAUAUCAUCUCCCCUAAUCAGGGCUGGGGCAGCAUAUAUGGUUAUGUCAAUUGCGGCUUAAAUGGUGAUUCUUCUGCAGAAAUUAUAAAUUUCUGCAAAGCUAUGAUUUUUUCUGGUUGUGGGUUUGGUGCUGUUGCAGAGGUUUUUUCUGUUGCAUCAUCAGAAACUGGUUCAGCUUCUGAUCAUGGCACUUGUUGUCAGGAUCUCCCUCAUUUCUAUUUAGAUAUUCUAGAAGUUGUUUUGACAGAAUUGAUCAAUGGAUCCCAUGAGAGCCAGAACCUGUAUCAUAUACUGUCUUCUUUAAGCAAGCUAGAAGGUGACUUAAAAGUUAUGCAAUGUGUUAGACAUGUAAUUUGGGAAAGAAUGGUCCAGUUCUCUGACAAUUUGCAGUUGCCAAGUUCUGUCAGAGUUUUUGUGCUAGAGCUUAUGCAAUUUAUCUCAGGUAAAAAUAUUAAGGGUUUCUCUACAGAAAUACUAGCCAAUGUUCAACCAUGGGAAGAAUGGAAUGAAUUGAUUUAUGCUAGUAGAAAGAGUGAGACUGAUGUUGACAAGCAGUUGCCAGAUCACAAAGACUCUUCUAGUAGAGUUACGAAUACUUUGGUUGCUCUUAAAUCAUCUCAGCUUGUGGCGUCAAUCUCUCCUAGCAUAGAAAUUACCCUUGAUGAUCUAUUGAAUGCAGACACGGCUGUGUCUUGCUUUAUGAGGUUGUGUGGAGAAGCUACUGAAGAUCUCCACCUUGAUGCUCUGCUGGCUAUUUUGGAAGAGUGGGAUGGACUUUUCACUGCAGGGAAAGAUGAAGAAACCACUGUUGAAACAUCUGAUGGAGGAAAUGACUGGAACAAUGAUGAUUGGGACGAGGGAUGGGAAAGCCUUGAGGAAGUAGACAAUCCUGAGAAAGAGAAGAUAGAAGACCCUGUUUUUGUCCACCCUUUGCAUCUGUGUUGGGCGGAGAUUUUCAGAAAAUUCAUAAGCCUAUCAAGGUUUACUGAUGUGCUGAGACUGAUUGAUCAAUCAUCAUUAAAGCCUAAUGCUAUGUUGCUUGAUGAAAAUGAUGCCAUUAGCUUAACCCGGAUAGCACUUGGCAUUGAUUGCUUUCUGGCUUUAAAGAUGGCAUUAUUGCUACCUUACAAAACAUUACGAUUGCAGUGCCUGGGUGCAGUUGAGGAUAGCACAAGACAAGGCAUCCCUCAAACAAGGAGCAAAGAUUAUGAGUUAUUAAUUCUCAUUUUAUCCUCUGGGAUUCUGACUUCUAUCAUCACUGACUCUACCUAUGGUACUAUUUUCUCUUAUAUCUGCUAUUUGGUUGGAAACUUAUCCAAUCAAUGUCAACAAGCUCUGGUGUCAGGUAGAGGAACUAACAACAAUGAAGAUCAUGAGAAUCAGUUGCUUCUUUUCACAAGGAUCCUUUUCCCUAAUUUCAUAUUAGAACUUGUUAAGGCUGAUCAACAUAUUCUAGCCGGAUUUCUUGUCACAAAAUUUAUGCACAGUAAUGAAUCACUCAGUCUCGUUAACAUUGCCGGGGCCAGUCUUAAUAGGUAUCUGGAAAUGCAGCUGCACCUACUACAGGUCAAGGAGUUCCCUGUUGAGAAGACAUGUAAAACAUUGAAGAAUACUGUUGGCAGGAUGAGAGGCCAACUUAGCAGUUUGAUUCAAUCCAUAUUGCCAUUGCUUUCUGCUAGUGUUAGUUGAUAAUCGUUUCAAUUUGAUUACCCCCGCUACUCCUUUUAUCCAUUUCAGCUGAUUGUUUGUUUUAGGGUAGCAUUUUGUAUCAAUUAGCAUCCAAGGGUUUUUGGUGAUUACUAUUUACGUAGAGAUAUUUUCUAUUGAAUAGAGAUAAAUUGCUUGGCCAAAGGAAAGGCUAGUUAGAGAUUUAAAAAUUCGUUCAUAUAUGUAUGUGUAUUCGAAGUUGUGGCUUUGAGACUUGUACUUAUCUCAACAAAGAACUGGAAACUUGUGUAUUGGUUAAUAAUUAAUUAAAUGUCUUCCGAGCUGACUUUGAGAACA